UGGACGCGUCGGCCCACGAAGAGCUCGCAGCGUGGCGAGCCAGGUUGGGCCGAGCAUGGGCGGGCGCUUAGGCUGUGCAUGGGCGAUCCAAUCACAGCCACCCAUGGCCUUCUGCUGCUCUCACUGGCUCGCCCGACGACGACUUCUUCCCAGCCCAUAUACAAAUCCCCAUGUCCCGCGUCCCGCUCGUGCCUCCAAAUCCCCCUUCAAAGUCGCAGCAACCCUGUCCUCGAGCCUCUGUCUCCCAUGUUGCUCCCUAGAGGAGUCGUCGCAGCAGCAGUAGCAGCAGUACUCCUCCAAGCCGCCCAGCCCGUUUCAGCCGGCCUCUUCGACGUCGACUUCGACCUCAAUCCCGCCCCCGGCGCCGAGAACGCCCUCCGCGACCGGUCGCGUCUGCCCGCCCAGAUCUGCGCCAUCAUCGCCGCCUACAUUGGCUGCGUAGUCAUUGUCGGCGUGGCCCUGCUCACCUACGGCCGCAAGAUGCGCCGCUCCAUCAACGAGAAGAUCGACAUGGUCAAGGUCAACGAGGCCAAUGGCUUCGAGAUGACGCCCGUGUCGCCGUCCAUGUCGAUGCGGCGGUGGUGGCCGCGCAGCCCGAGCAAGCUGAGCCACGCCUUUCAGCGCAGCCGCUCCAGCCUGAACCAGAUCAGCAGCCUGCCCACCAGCCCCAUCAGCCCGGGCGAGGAGAGCAUGGCCUCGUUCGACAAGACGUUUCUGCGCGACCAGCAAGAGGCCCGCCAGCGCGAGAUGGACCGCCUCUACGCCGCCGUCAUGGAGCACGACGAGCGCAAGAACUCGGUCCGCGUCUCGCACGCCGAGGAGCACGACCUCGAGCAGCCCCGCGAGGAUGUCAUGCUGCCCGCGCCGCCCACCUAUCUCAGCCCGCAGCAGAAGAUGGACCGCCGCCCCCCGCCCCUCAACACCAAUGCCGCUGCUGCUCUGCAGUCUCGCCCCGUGCACCACCACCAGCCGCCGCCGCCGCCCUCGCCCCUCAGCCCCGUCCGCGCCAUCUACCCGCCCGAGUCGCCCAUGGCUGCUGCGCGGCGCGCGCCGUACAACGCGCCUUCGCACUACUACAGCAACAGCUACAACAGCGCCACUAGUAACACAGCACCAGCACCGGCAGCGCCGCCUCCGCCCGCCUCCCCCCGCAGCUUCAUGUCGCGCGCGCGCACGCCCUCGACCAGCUCGACUGGCACAAAAAGCAAGAGCAAGAAGCGGCGCUCGAUCCGCAACCUGCGCAUCAGCAGCCCCAUGGCGCGCUUCAGCGGCCACGGCGGCGACAACGGGCACGACGACGACGACCUCGAAGCGCGCACCCCGCUCUCCCCACGCUUCUACAACCCGGGCCCCCCGCCGCAGCCGCCUUAUACGCCCGCCGACGCGCAGAUGACGCCCGGCGCAGCCACCACCACCACCAGCACCGCGCCCACGACGCCCUCGACCGCCGACGCCUUCCGCUACGAGUUCGACGCAAGCCUGCAGAGCCAAUCGCACCCUUACCCUUACCCACCCCCUGCGCCUCUCCCUCUCCCUAGACCGGCACCCCAGCGCGCCGUCAGCGGCGCCUCGGCGUACGCGGGCGCCCGCGCCUCGAGUGGCUCCCUGGGGCUGCCGCCCUCGCCGUCCCCGGCGUCCGCGAACGCGCCGCCCCUCCCGCCUUCGCCCGCCUCGACGCCCGGUCCCCACAGCCACGGCCACACGCACAUAGCGUUCCUAGCCUCGCCGCCGCCCGCGCGCCCAGGGCUGGGAGCGGGGUCGCGCUCGGCGAGCGCGCGCAGCGGGUCCAUCAACACGGCCACGGCGCCCAGCCCUGCCAGCACGACAGCAGCAGCAGCAGCAGGCGCGCACACCACCACGACGAACACGCUCCCGCUGCGCGCCAUGGCCGGCCCGCUCUCCCCCUCCCUGCCCUCCCCAACGACAAAGACGACGGUCCUCAGCACGCGUAGCCGCGACCCGCGGCUCGCCCACCUGCGCACGCCGGGCACGGCCGGCCCCGCCACGCCGUAUUCCCCGUACAUGCCGUUUUCGCCCGUGACGCCUGUGACGCCGCAUCUGGUGACGCGGGAGGAGCGGCGGGAGCGCCGGAAGAGGGAGAAGCGGGGGGUUGGUGUGGCGGAGGAAGGGGAGGAGAGUUUGGGUUUGGGGGUUUGGGUUUUAAUCAUCAAAAUGUCGGAUUCGGAGUGGCUGGCUGCUGGCUGCUGGCUGCUGGCUGCCAUGCACGUAUAUUCGUCAUAUAUCCAUCCAUGCCUUGUGCCUUCUGCAAUGGUUGUCAUUCCCAUGUCCACCUUUCCUCCCAUCGAUAGGAUGCAUCGCUACCUACCUAUCGCCUCCUCCGUACCCGUCUCCGUCUUCAUACUCACUCACACAGCACACCAAGCCCGCACAAGCACCCCUCGAAGAAAAGCAAAAGCAACCCCUCGUCAAAUACCCAGACCUAACUGA